GUUAUUGCGUUGAGUCGCCUCGGCAAGGCAACACGCGUACACGUCACAUCGAAAUCCGGAAAAAUAAACGCGUUUGAUAGCGCCCGCCGUCGAGUUUCAAACGAAUGUUUACAAAAAGGAAAUCCGAAAUCGUGUGCCGUGUUUACGUCCGAUACGUUAUUGUUUCGACGCUUUAAAGUGAACUAGUGAAACAGAGAAGCUAGUAACUAGUUUAUGAAUGGUACCAGUGCUGUACGUUGAACUUGGAUCGCUGGACUGGAAGCACAUUGAGAUAAUAGAGAUAAAACUCGUGAUGUACCGUUGAUGGGGUUUUAAAUGACGCCAGCAAUGUUGGAAGUACCGGAUAAUAUAUCGGAAGCUAGCUUCGUAACGAGCGUGGAAGAGGCUAGUCGGAUCGACCAAUGCACACAAACACCUCCCUGCGGCAAGGCCAGACCACGGAGUCUCCAGCGGUAUAACACAAGCGACCACAUCUACGACAGGCCCAGGCCGUACAGACAGAAGGAGUACAGGCCCAAGAGUUUGGGUCUGUGUGAUUCGUACCAGUGCUUGGGGAAGCCGCCUAGCUAUGACAGUGGAAGCCAAUCGAGGGUCAAGGUGACGGUGACAGAUAGCCCUACCAUCUCAGUAACACCGCCGCACAGCUUGGACUACGAAUGCCCUAAAGGUGGUAGCACACCAAACGGCAGUGUUACACCCAACGGGAUGUUGUCCAACAAGUCUACUCCUACCACGGUGCUGUUGAGCCCGGGGUAUCUCCAGAGCCAUUGUCAAUGUAACCAGUCAAUUAGGAGUGUUAGUGAAGUAGCUUUAUCAAUGCCAGUGCCGGUGACAGGGUGGAGCGAGGACGUGCCAGGCCCGACGUCGCCCGACGGCCUCUCGUGGAGAAGACUGCACAUGUCCAGAGCGAAGCUCAAAGCAACUGCUACCACCUCUGAACUAUUGUCAGGUUUCGCAAUGGUUGCGAUGGUGGAACUGCAAAUAAACGAGCCCACCAACGUCCCGGAAUGGCUGUUCGUGAUGUUUGCAGUGUGCACCACAGUGCUGGUCGCAGUGCACAUCUUCGCCUUGAUGAUCUCCACGUAUCUGCUGCCCAACAUAGACGCUGUGAGCAAGAUGGACGCCCCCGGAGGUCCGGCGCAGGCGCUGAGGGACUCGCCACAUGAGAGGAUGAGAGGGUUCAUUGAACUGGCGUGGGCGUUUAGUACAGUUUUAGGACUAUUCCUGUUUCUGGUAGAGAUUGCUAUCCUGUGCUGGGUCAAGUUCUGGGAUUACUCCUUCGCAGCGGCCACUGCAGCCACCGUUAUCGUCAUUCCAGUAUUAAUAGUGUUCGUGGCAUUCGCGAUUCACUUCUACCACUCACUCGUGGUGCAGAAGUGCGAGACUUCUGUACAAGAUAUCAAGCAACUGGAGAACAUGAAACGGGACCUGGACACAGCCACCGUCAAAGUCAACAUGUACCAAUAGUUUCCACCAACCCGUACUAAAGCAGUGUGGUGGGUUUAAGCCACGUGCGCGCGCUCAUCAAGUAAAACAUCAUGCAACUGUUACAUGAAAUGAAAGUUGGAUACAGCCACCGUCAAAGUCAACAUGUAGUUUCCGCCAACCCGUACUAAAGCAGUGUGGUGGGUUUAAGCCACGUGUGCGCGCUCUUGGAGCAAGAUAUCAAGCAACUGGAGAACAUGAAACGGGACCUGGGCACAGCCAUCGUCAAAGUCAACAUGUACCAAUAGUUUCCGCCAAUCCUCACUAAAGCAGUGUGGUGGGUUUAACUCGAAAUUCCCUCUCUGUUGGUGUGUUAACUUAAAAGGAGUAUCUUGGGAGUUUCAAUUGACAUAUUGAAAAUAGAAAAUUAAGAACUUUAUACUCGAAAAUAAAAAAUCUCAAAAAAUUAUAAUAAUAUCUUAAACCCUUCGAAUAUAAUUUAAGAAAACUAAAAAAAAUAGCUAACGUUGAAAUAUAAAAUAUCACCUUUAGAAUAAGUAGAAAUAAAUAUGAAGUAUGUGCAACAAUUAUAACUAUAGGAAAUUAAUGAAGUACCUUAUAUUUAUUUAUAAUUAAUACUCAGAAUACAGAAAACCACCAGAAGCCACGUUUAGAUGUCAUUCUAUAGUGCGCAGUGUGUCCAAAAAUUGUACACAACAGCCUGCACUCGUCGCAAUUCUCACCCGCGUAAUGUUGCUAGUACAUGAGGCUGUUAAAUUUUUCCCUAUUUUGUGGUAAAAAUUUAUAAUGUUAAAAGGAAAACAAUAAGUGUACAGUUCAUCACAUUAAAUGUUAACUUGUAUGGUAAAUAAUAAAAACAGUGGGACCGGUUUUCUAGUGAUUGCUAAGAGUCAGCAAGAAAAUGAACUCUAAAAAAUUUAAGACAAGGACAAAUAAAUAAUAGAUAUAAUAAGACGGUUAUUAUAAAACUUAUCAACUAACAAACUAAAGAAAUACAUAUUUACAAUAAUAAUUUUAUAUAUUCCAUAUAAUUAUAUUAUAUUAUUAUUAUAAAUAUGUAUUUCAAUCGUGUGCACAGUUAUUAUUAUCUCGUCUUAUUUCUCUAAUUUUUAUGUCUCUUAAAAUUCAAGUAUAAAUAAGGCCAUUGAAUUGGUUUAAUAUCUUUUAAGAAUGUGUUUUGAAGAUAAAAAUAUUUUAUUUAAUCCUCUUGCUCAAACAAACAAGCAAACAAGUAGGUACACAAACAAACAAAAGACCAAACAAGCACACGAAAACAAACAAAUGUGCAAACAAACACACAAACAGACAAGAACGAACGAACUUAUUAUAAUAUAGCACGCCAUUGUUAUUUGUAAAAAAAUCUUAAAGCUUUAAGAUUAUUUUACACUUUCUUUAUCUGCGCUGAUUACCACAAUUUUAUUUCAACUUAAUUGCCGGAACCUAUGCCUACCUAUUUAGUUGAUUAAUAUUUUACAUAAAUAAUAAAUCCUUGAAUUGAAAUUAAAAGUAGGGAAAAUCAAAACAAUUACAUUGGCAACACUUACAAAAUGAAGUCAUCGGUUUCUAUGACAACUAAAUUCACGUAAAAAUUAUUCAUUAUUUUAACAUAAGAAUAUUUAUUUGUGCUACUUACACGUGAAAUGUGAUCCUAUUCAGUUUCUUUUUUCUACCAACGGCAUUUUUACACGAAGGAAUAGCACAAGACGGCUUAAUUUAAUUAAAUUUGUCACCUGUAUAGCACGUCAAACAACACGACAAACACAGAGUGAGUAAUCGUAAAAUGUGUAGUUUAAAUGGCUUCAUUUCUUUGCGCUAUCACUCCUUCUGGUGGUUUUCUGUAUUCUGAGAAUUAAUAUUUAGAAUAUAAUUGUAAGAUUUAAUAAGUCUCAAAGACAUUGUUGUGAUGUUUUAGAUCGACUGAUAUAAUAGAAUUAAUAUAAAAUUCGUUUUAAUGUACCUUAUUAGUGAAAUUUUAUUCGCCAGAAUUUAUUACCUAUAGAUAUUUUAAAACAAACGACUAUUUUUCAUUUGCUAAAUAUUUUUUUAUUUUAGUACUUCAUUUUUCGGUAAAUGGCAAUAGUGAUGACACUCCCAUGACAUGCCGGCGACGGGGAGGGCAGGACUGAGCGGGUGUGAAAUCGUGCGCGCGGGGUAGAGGCUGAAAGUAUCAUCAAUUGUGGGUUUAUCUGUUAUCGCUACCCGCCUCCCGACCCCCCGCAGACCAUCGGGGGUGUUACGAACGAAUUAGCCAAGCUAUACCUACCUAUCUAAACAAUUAUAAUUUUGAAACAGCUCACAUCACGUGAUUUUGUCUGAAUUCACGUACCUAAGCGAACAAGCUCAUGAUUAUAAAUUUCGGGUGUGUUUCAAUCUUGUCAAUCAUAUAACGAUUGUACAUUUACGUGAGGUAAGCCGUUUUACUUAUUAUAAUAAAAUCUUCAAUUUGAAUUACAAUUGUGCAGUAAUUGUAUACUUUUGUGUGCCUAGUGGGAGUUUUCAAUAUUUUCAUACUGUUACUAUCGCGUUGACGUAAACACAAAUUUAUAUGUAUGUGUAAACGCAGUAGUGCCACUACAUGGCGCUGUUUCAAUUUCUUAAAAAAUCGCGUUUACGUUAACGCGAUAGUAACAGUAUUAAACUGCCACUAGGCAUUACUUCUGAAGUCUACUGGAAUGUGUGUCAUCCCUGGCAACGAUUUAAAAAUGCCUGUAUACACUUUAGUUACUCUUAUACUGAAUGAUAAAACAAUACAAUGUUUCAAGAAUAAAAUAACUAUGAUUUAUAAUGAACAA